AUGGUCUCAAAGCAAAGUGUACCCUCAAGGCGCCAUUCUCUCAGCACCUAUGAAGUCAUGUUCGCAGCUCUCUUUGCCAUAUUGGUGGUGCUCUGUGCUGGAUUAAUUGCAGUGGCCUGGCUGUCAAUCAAGGGAUCAGAAAGAGGUGCAGCAUUUGGAAAAAGUCAUGAAGCCAGAGGGACAUUGACAAUAACAUCCGGAGUUACAUAUAAUCCUAAUUUGCAAGACAAACUCUCAGUGGAUUUCAAAGUUCUUGCUUUUGACAUUCAGCAAAUGAUAGAUGAUAUCUUUCAAUCAAGUAAUCUGAAAAAUGAAUAUAAAAACUCAAGAGUUUUACAAUUUGAAAAUGGCAGCAUUAUAGUCAUAUUUGACCUUCUCUUUGCCCAGUGGGUGUCAGAUGAAAAUGUAAAAGAAGAAAUGAUUCAAGGCAUUGAAGCAAAUAAAUCCAGCCAACUGGUCACUUUCCAUAUUGAUGUGAACAGCAUUGAUAUUUCAGACAAGCUAACUACCAGCAGUCCUCUGGCAACUCCAGGAAAUGUCUCAGUAGAGUGCCCACCUGAUUCAAGGCUGUGUGCUGAUGCUCUAAAGUGUAUAGCAAUUGAUUUAUUUUGUGAUGGAGAAUUGAACUGUCCGGAUGGCUCUGAUGAAGACAAUAAAAUUUGUGCCACAGCUUGUGAUGGAAGAUUUUUGUUGACUGGAUCUUCUGGGUCCUUCGAAGCUCCCCAUUAUCCAAAGUCUUCUAAUCCAAGUGUUGUUUGUCGGUGGAUUAUACGUGUAAACCAAGGACUUUCCAUUCAACUGAACUUUGAUUAUUUUAAUACAUAUUAUACAGAUGUAUUAAAUAUUUAUGAAGGUGUGGGUUCAAGCAAGAUUUUAAGAGCUUCUCUCUGGUCACAGAAUCCUGGCACAAUUAGGAUUUUUUCCAAUCAAGUUACUGCCACUUUUCUUAUACAAUCUGAUGAAAAUGAUUAUAUUGGCUUUAAUGCAACAUACACUGCAUUUAACAGCAAAGUGCUUAAUAAUUAUGAGAAAAUCAACUGUAAUUUUGAAGAUGGCUUUUGUUUCUGGAUCCAGGAUCUAAAUGAUGACAAUGAAUGGGAAAGGAUUCAGGGAAACACCUUUCCUCCCUCUACUGGUCCAAAUUUUGACCACACUUUUGGCAAUGAUUCAGGAUUUUACAUUUCCACCCCAACUGGACCAGGAGGGAGACGAGAAAGAGUAGGACUUUUAAGUCUCCUUUUAGACCCCACUUUGGAACCAGUCUGCCUUAGUUUCUGGUAUUAUAUGUAUGGUGAAAAUGUCUAUAACCUAAGCAUUAAUAUCAGCAGUGACCAAAACAUUGAGAAGACAAUUUUCCAAAAGGAAGGAAAUUAUGGAGAAAAUUGGAACUAUGGACAAGUAACAUUAAAUGAAACAAUGGAAUUUAAGGUUGCUUUUAAUGCGUUUAAAAACCCAUUCCUGAGUGAUAUAGCAUUGGAUGACAUUAGCCUAACAUAUGGGGUUUGCAAUGUGAGUCUUUAUCCAGAACCAACUUUGGUCCCAACUCCUCUGCCAGAACUUCCUACGGACUGUGGAGGACCUUUUGAACUGUGGGAGCCAAAUACAACAUUCAUGUCUAUGAACUUUCCAAACAACUACCCUAAUCAGGCUUUCUGUGUUUGGAAUUUAAAUGCACAAAAGGGAAAAAAUAUUCAGCUUCACUUUCAAGCAUUUGACUUAGAAAAUAUUGCAGAUGUUGUUGAAAUCAGAGAUGGUGAAGGAGAUGAUUCCUUGCUCUUAGCUGUGUACACAGGGCCUGGUCCAGUAAAGGACGUGUUCUCAACCACCAAGAGAAUGACUGUGCUUUUUAUCACUGAUGAUGUGUUGGCAAAAGGGGGAUUUAAAGCAAAUUUCACUACUGGCUAUCACUUGGGGAUUCCAGAGCCCUGCAAGGAAGACAAUUUUCAGUGUAAGAAUGGACAGUGUGUCCCGCUGGUGAAUCUCUGUGACAGUUUUCCACACUGUAAGGAUGGCUCAGAUGAAGCGCAUUGUGUGCGUCUCUUCAAUGGCACGACAAACCGUGGUUUGGUGCAGUUCAGAAUCCAGAGCAUAUGGCAUGUAGCUUGUGCUGAGAACUGGACGACCCACAUUUCAAAUGAUGUUUGUCAGCUGCUGGGACUAGGGAGUGGAAACUCAUCCAUGCCAAUCUUUUCUACUGGACAUGGACCGUUUGUACAACUAAACACAACACCUAAUGGCAGCUUAAUACUAACACCAAGUAAACGGUGCUUAGAGGAUUCACUGAUUCUGUUACAAUGUAACCAUAAAUCAUGUGGAAAAAAACUGGUGGCUCAAGAAGUUAGCCCAAGGAUCGUUGGAGGAAACGAUUCCCGAGAAGGAGCCUGGCCUUGGAUCGUUGCUGUGUAUUAUAACGACCAGCUGCUCUGUGGGGCUUCUCUGGUCAGCAGGGACUGGCUUGUGUCGGCCGCCCACUGCGUGUAUGGGAGAAAUUUAGAGCCAUCUAAGUGGAAAGCAGUCCUAGGCCUGCAUAUGACAUCGAAUCUGACUUCUCCUCAAAUAGAAACUCGGUUGAUAGACCAAAUUGUCAUAAAUCCACACUACAAUAAACGGAGAAAGGACAGUGACAUCGCCAUGAUGCAUCUUGAAUCGAAAGUGAAUUACACAGAUUAUAUACAACCUAUUUGUUUACCCGAAGAAAAUCAAGUUUUUCCUCCUGGAAGAAUUUGUUCUAUUGCUGGCUGGGGGACACUUGUAUAUCAAGGUCCUCCCGCAGACGUACUGCAAGAAGCUGAUGUUCCCCUUCUAUCGAAUGAGAAAUGCCAACAAGAGAUGCCAGAGUAUAACAUUACAGAAAAUAUGGUGUGUGCAGGCUACGAAGAAGGAGGUGUAGAUUCUUGUCAGGGGGAUUCAGGAGGACCACUCAUGUGCCAAGAAAACAACAGAUGGUUCCUGGCUGGUGUGACGUCAUUUGGAUACCAGUGUGCACUGCCUAAUCGCCCAGGGGUGUGCUCCCGGGUCCCAAGGUUCACAGAAUGGAUACAAAGUUUUCUACAUUAG